CUCUUUCUCUCUCAACACACACACACAUAACGGACUCUCUCAUAUAGGAGGAUCCCGGUAGAGAGCCGGAGAUUGCACAUCAGAGCGAGCACCGAGGCGCACUACUUCUUUAACUUCCUCCUCCUACACUCACACACACACACCUCAGCAUCAACAGGAACCUACAAACAAAAACGGGCCAGCUCCAGCUUCAUCCUCCUCCAGACACUGACACACUGCCCAUCAUCUGUUUCACUCCGGAAAUCCUGCGGAUUUUUUUAUUUUUUUUUACCUUCAUCUUUCUCUCAGCGGAUCAAUUAAGGCGCACGCACAUUAGGCUGUGCUGCACGGGAAAUUUAAAGCGACGGUGUGUUUUAGUGUGCUUUGUAGUGUGUGUGUGUGUGUGUGUGUGUGUGUGUGUGGGUGCUGCAGUGUUCACCUGCAUCCUUGACUUGGAACGGAGCAACAGCCGCCGCCGGCGCAUCAGUGAGGUAGAACAACCAUAUAUCAAGCUGCAGCCAUGGAUGAGAUGGACCUGCCCCAGAUGAAGAAGGAGGUGGAGAGCCUCAAAUACCAGCUGGCCUUCAAACGAGAGAAAUCCUCCAAAACGGUCACAGAUUUGGUCAAGUGGAUUGAGGACGGCGUUCCCGAGGAUCCCUUUCUAAACCCAGAGCUGAUGAAGAACAACCCAUGGGUGGAGAAAGGCAAAUGCAUCCUCCUCUAGGGAGAAGAAGCAUCCAUCCUCCCAGGACCUCCCGUGUCAACAGUAACCCUACAGAUGACCCCUGAAUCCGACCCGGACUGUGAGGGCAGUGGCCGGACAGCGCCCAAUGUGCCCUCACCAUGAAUGUACUACAGCUGUUACCCCCCACCKCACCCUAGACACAYGCACACACACAACCACAAGGGCACAGAAACACUCACUGACACUCGCACACAUCAUCGCUCUAAACCUUGUCUGACUCUUUCUCUGCAAGUUUAUUCCUGCCAUAGCAAUCUAGCAUUACUAUGAUAUGAGAGCAACAAUCAUUACUUGUACUACACUGGUUUGUAUGAAUAUACUGUUUGAUUAUUUAUUUAUUCUGCUGCCAUUUGCAAUCUUGUUUUUUUUAAGUCCCACUUUAAUGCGUUAGUSAUGUGUAAUACAAUGUUGAAUCACAUUCUCACUGCCAGACUGACUGCAGGUSGAAGAAAUGUAAGACUUUCAUUAUCAUUAAAAACAUCGUCAUAUUUACUUACUUUKAACUAAAAUGAGAGAUUUCCCAAGUAAAGAGGUUAGCAAAAGAAAAAAAAUGAUUAAAACAGAGAAUUCACCAAUAACAAUGCUUAACAGUGAGUAAGUAACUCUUUCAAUACAAACAUUUGCUUUUAUUUGUAAUUGACGUAGACAGACAUAAAAAUACGAACAGCAGAGAAAGACCUUGUAAAUCUUAGCUAAACGUUAUCUGUUAGCAAACAGUUCAAUUUAGGUCCAAUCCAUGCUAACAAAAUAGUUUGCAGAAUGGAGCAUGCAAAUGGACAUGUUGAAUGACCCUUUUCAAAGUUUGGAAUAAAAAAGUCUGAUUUGAGUAUACUUGAUGAUGAAGUAGCCCAGUUYGUGCAGAUUGCUUUCCAAGCAAGACCAACAAAUCAGCCAUUAUCAUGGGUUUUUGCUUCAGUUUUUUCUCCCUCUGCCACCAUAAAAUUCAACUGCAAGCUAGAAAUUGAAACCAUGAGCUGUCUGUAUGCUAGCCSUACGUUAGRCGUAAUGUUAGUCCUUUAAAAUAAUUGACUCCUCCUAGYAUGGCAUUGGUAAUUAAACUUUUCACUAGAUUUGUAAAAUUUGUUUGGUUAAUUGUUUUUGAGAAACUCUUGUUUUCUUUCCAGACUGAUGGAUGUUAGCAACAUUAUGUUUUGCUUUUUGAGUUCUUUUAGCYUAAUUUGUGUUGUCAGAAAGGCACUACUGAAGUGAUUUCUUAAUGCUACAGAUCUGGCAGUCAUCACGCCUAGAGCUGAAAUGAAGAAAAAAAUAUCUAYUUCAAAAAAUAUCCGUAGAGGUGUAGUUUGAGUUUCAGUAUAAAAGCUAACUUGAUAAUUUAUUAGCUGUCCAGUCCUUAUAAAAUGUAACAGCGAAGCAUACUGAAAUACAACAAAAUGUCUCUGGGUUUAACUCUGCUAGCAUAUUAGCAAAGUUAGCGUAGCAUAAACGUGAAAGUCAUGAAGUACAGCUUUUUUAAACAACAAAAAAGAAUGAACUUUUGGACAAGUGAAAUACAAUAAAAAUUUAAAAAGCACCCCUCACAAAUUGUAAAAAGAAGUUUUGUUAUAGCAUUAUAUUUAGACACCUCACACUAUAACUGUAGCCCCCUUGCUGCAGCACUCACAGUAACAUAGUUUUUUUCUGGUCACCAAAUUAUGAAAACACAAGAGCAAAAUGAGUCAAAAUGACUGGAUCUACAAUAGCUGCCUGGACUGGGGCAGAGGGUGAUUAAUCUGCUGCUUUAUACAGGGGCUACAAAACAUUUUUACAAUUAGUUAGGCUGCCCAAAAUGUAUUUCAUAAACAUAAUGAAAACAUUUGUCGUAGGUGAAGAUAUCAUAUAGAAACACAGCAAUCAAUGUAAGUGUAGCUAGCAGCCUGCUGCUURCUAAGUGUGCUGCUACAGGUCCAAGUAGCUAAUGUUUUCCUGUGGUGUAAAAAUCUGACUUUUGCCCUAUGAGACUGACAAGAAAUCUCUUAAACAACCACUUUAGUUGUAACACUCUCCUACUGAAUGUGGCUACUACAGCUGAUUGAAGAAUACCUCCGUGAGUAUACUUAGCAAAGUUUGUGCAGACUACGCUAGCACCCAAGCUGCUUCCAAAACUAGCUUCCUGUUAUGUAUGACUGCUGCCCUUUUCAGAUUAAAAAAAGCUUCAUUUCAAGGACAAUCAUGAUAUUGUGAUUUAGCUUGAAUGUCAUGACGCCGGUAGUUCUCCAAGCGUAGUCAUAGCAAAGUGAAACUCUGGGUCUCUGGGGCGGGUUUAGGUUUCUGCUUCCUCUCAUCCUGAACCGCAGCCCCUAAAGACCACGCACAACCGUGGAGACCAACACAAGAAACCUUUCACACGCAUCCCUCCUCACAUGUAUAGACGGACCCCUUUAACUUAUUAACUUAUUUAUUUAUUUAUUGAAGAGAACUUUCCUUAACCUUGAGCUUUUUUAUAUAGUUGCAACCUUUCCUCUUUCUGUCCUCCUAAAAAAAAAAAACGAAUAAAAAAAUAAAAGAAAAUCACAACAAAAAAAAGCUUCACCUUGCCAGAUCACCAUCUACUACUGCCUUGUACACAGUUUCCUUAAAACGAGAAUGUAAAUAUGUGGCAUGAGGUUCCGACAUCACUGCUGACCUCAGAGGUGGCCUGUGAGUGCAUGUGACUGCAAUCUUAUGUUUAUGUGUGCAUACUUUCAGAAACAAAUCUGGGCAAGAGGCUCCCAUGUGGGCUGCGAAGCGCAAAUGCAGCUGCAUCGCACACGCGCGCACACGCAUGGGAGGCAGAACAGAUCWGCAAMAACACACACUCACACACACAAACACAAAUGCACGCUACUCAGUGAGAAUGUGUACCAAGGGAGGCUUGGCAAGGMCAACGGAGUCUGGACGCGACUUGGGACAGCAGAGCUUCACAUCUUCUAUGUACUGUAGUAAAUCAGAUUCAGUUUGUGUUUCAGCGGCUGCUCCUGGGAGUUUUAAUCUACUUCCAAAUCAGUUUGAAUUAUAUUUUAACUUUUUUUUCUUUUUUUUUUUGCUAUCAUCAAGAGUUCCUAAGUAAGUUUAAUCUACCCAUGGGCUGUGAAAACAUGUUUUACAGACCAAAAAAUUGUUAGCCAUAACAACAAAACUUUAAAAAUAACCAGUUGUGUUCAAAGUGACAGGCCUACACAAUGCAAGCAAGGUCAAAACAUAAAGAAAAAAAAUGCUAUAUUUGUUAUUCUACAAAAAGUAUCAGAAAAGAUAUGUUUAAGUACUCCAAGGAAUUUUCUCUCCUGUAAAACGACCUCUUGACGCAAACUGACUCAUGGUCCCUAUGCAAUAAAUGGGCCAGCAUCGUAAUAUGAGUAACAUUUCCAUACCACGACAACACCAUACCGCGUUUCCAUCAAUGUUAUUUUUUUAAUUCUCAUUUUAAAAUAUCUUAAACAGCAAAAUUCAAAAUAACUUACUCAAUUUCACAAAAAAAUGUUUUUACACUUGCUUGAGGCGUUUUUUUUUUAGCUUUUUCAAAAAAAAGAGACAAUGCGCUGAAGGGAAGACAGAAGAACAUUUGCUGAUCCGUUCUGAUGUAGCGAACUUUUACCUCACUUGACUGAUCAUUUGUUUCUGCUGUCGGCGUUUGCAGUUAUUUCUCCAGACAUCAUGUAACAUCGCAGAUACCAGGUGACAAGACAGAACAUUUAGCAACACAUUCCUGAAAACCUCUCUCUAUUUUUCUGGGACGUGUGGUCCAUGCUAGUUCACAACCUCUACUUCCUCUUUACUACAACCAUGUGUAGCGUUAAUAUCUAACAAAGUCACGUUUUGGGUAGCCUGGUUGAUUCGCUUCAAACCAAUAGUAAUAAAAACGCCUAUUUUACUUUUUUGGGUUUUUUUUGCGACAUUUUAAAAAGUUCGCUCAAAAUUCACAUGAUAAUUGAACGGAAACAUAGCUACUGUCUGUACCUCCUAAACUCAAAUAGACUAACUUUGCGUGGGCCUUUGUAAUCUUUUAAACACAUAAUUUUUUUCAACAGUGAUAUUUGUUUCUUCAUCUUUACAUAAAUGCUGCCUCUUUGAUGCCAUGUCAAUAGUUGAACUCCACACAGCUUCAAAMGGACCGCUUUCAGUGAUUCUAUUGCACUGAGCCAGCAGACUGGCUGUUGGGUCUCUUGGUUUCUACUACUAUACCACAGCUGCUAGUAAACUAUUCGUAAUGUGUAACAGUUUGUGAAUCAGUAGUCCAGUGAAAGCAGUCAUUGGACUAGUGAUUGGAGUAGAAGUGUUGUUACUUUGAACACAACUGAAUCCACAAAAUGACAUCUCAACAAAGAUCUAGAACAAUGUUCCUACUAUGGAAGAGCUUCCAUUGACUUUCAAUUUGCUUCUGGGCUUCAGGGUUGUAGCCUUUGUACCGUCCACAAGAGUCCUACUGAUUAUGGUCUUCAAUUCUGUAAUUUAAAAUAACUUUAAYAUUGAAAGGACUGAAACGUGCUCAGUCCUAAGGGGAUCACAUGGAAAAGCACUAAAUUGUCUGGACUAAACCGACAAAAGACGUACAUGAGAGGACUCCUGCCUCUGCCUGUCCCUUGUCUGUUUCACGUCCUGCUUCUGUAGCUUUWCUUGUUUGGUUUGUUUUUCGAAGAUCUGAACUUGGAUGUGGAUGUCUACUAUUAUAACAUUACGACUGUAUAAGACCUUGUCUAGAUAUUUAGCAACAUAUUCUAUGUGGGAGUGCUUUGGAAAAAUUAUGCAUCAGAUCAAAAAGUCCUAGUAUAAGAAUGACAAUGAGCAAUAAAUUAUAGACCGUUUUUUUAUUGAAUGUUUUACAAAAACAUUUACCUUACUGAAUAAAGUAGAAGAUUUUUAGACAA